AUGUGGUUGAUAUGGGUUUACGGAGAAACUGAUAAGCAAGGGUUGCUCGAAUUCAAGUCUCGAGUUUCUGAAAACGGAAGAGUUGUCCUUUCCUCAUGGAAUCACUCAAACCCUUUAUGCAACUGGGAUGGGUUACAUGUGGCCGCAAACACAAGAGAGUUACUCGUUUGGACCUCGGAGAUUGCAACUGGGCGGGGUGAUAUCACCAUUAUUGGUAAUCUUUCGUUUCUCGUAUCACUUGGUCUCUCUAAUAACUCUUUUGGUGGUACCAUCCCUCAAGAGCUGGGAAACUUGUUUAGACUGAAAGAUUUGAAUAUGUUCUCAAAUUUUCUCGGUGGAACGAUUCCAGCCCGUCUGUCUAACUGCUCUAGAUUGUUGAGGCUUAGUGUAGAUUCAAAUGAUCUUGGAGGAAGGUAUUCCUUCAGAACUAGGGUCAUUGACAAAGCUUGUCAUUUAUAUCUUGGUAGAAACAACCUGAAAGGGAAGCUCCCUGCAUCUCUUGGAAACUUGACAUCACUCACAAACUUGUUUGGAGAUAACAAUAUUAGAAGGAGGAAUUCCGGAUAUAUAGCUAGACUGACUCAAAUGGUGAUCUUGAAGCAUCAAAACAAUUCUCAGGUGUAUUUCCGCCGCAAUCUACAAUUUGUCCUCACUCGAGUUUUAUACAUGAUGAUAAUGGUUUCUCAGGUAGUCUGA